AUUUGACAAUAUACUAUUGACAUUAAUAGAAUUUUGAUGAGUUACAUAAGAUUACAUAACUCUGUUAUACUUAAGUUAACAGAACAAUGAGAUUAGGAAUAAUUACGUUUGUUCUUGGUUUUCAAAUAGCAACCGGUUUAAGGAAACCUACAAACGAAGUGAAACAUGCCAAAAAACAGAUCGAUACAGAUUGCAAAAAAAUAUCAUGUCCGGCCGUGGAGGAUCCGAUAUGUAUGAAAAUCAAAAAUAAAAACUCCAACAAGACUGCUUUCGUGAUUUUACUGAACAAAUGCGAAAUGAGAUACAUGAAGUGCCAUAAAGCUAUGGAAGGUGUAACAGUUCCAAUGAAGUACUGUGACCAUACUUCUACACAUGGAGACAAACACAAAUCUCACACCAGAAGGAAAAGAAGCGCUUUAAGAGGUCCUGAGAAAAUUCUGCCGCCGAAACGAACUGAAAACCCUUUGCGUUACAAUUCAUAUGAUCAAGAUUCAGGACAUGGCAAGCUUUCUCUUUCGAUGGAAGACAUCACUUACGAUGAAGGGAAUAUACAUGGAUUAGAUCCAUCCAAAUUAUCGUAUGAUAGUUCAGGUUUGGACAGCCGUACUGGUAAAUCGAGGUUAAAUAAGGAAAUCAGCAGCGAAAAUGAAGAUUUCAUGGGAUCGCCUGAAUACGACGAUGUGUUCAAAAGUGACUGCCCAAAGGAGUGUCCAGCUCGCGUCAGGUUAGUCUGUGGUCAAUGCGACCACGGAGUCUACAAGACCUUCCUGAGCACGUGCCAUCUUAGAAUGUUCAAUUGCGCCCAGCAUAUUGAGAAAAUGCAGCUGAUCACCCGCAAUGCGUGCCUGUCGUCGUCGCCUCUACUGACGGGCGAACCCGGAGAAGAUCUGCAUUUGGAGCCAGACGGGAGGGUCUACGAUCGAGAUGACGCAGAUCCAGUUUUGGCAUUCAUUCGAUGUAGAAACAGAAAUUCUAUCAUGGUAGAUGAAAAUGGUCUCGAAAUUAUAGAUGCCGGUGCAUGCAAAGAUAUAGGGAAGAAGUUGAAACAAGACGAGGAUUAUGACAAUUAAAAACAUUAGGAUAUUAUUUACGUUAAAUAAAGAAUUGUUUUAUUUUUAA